CUACUACAUACUAGUUCACAGAAAAAACAAACUUCACACAGAGCUAACAAUAGCUUUCAAAGUAGCAAGGUCUCAGUCUUUUACAUCCAUCAAUGGCUGCUGAACGAGGAUUUGGAGAUUUGCAACCUUCCAUUUGGAAGUAUGAAUAUAUUCAAUCACUGAGAAGUGAAUAUAAGGAAGAAUCAUACAUAAAGAAAAGGGAAGUGUUAAGGGAAGAAGUAAGAAUGAUGCUUUACAAAGUGGAAAAUCAUGUUCAUCAACUUGAGCUUAUUGAUAUAUUACAAAGACUUGGAGUAGCUUAUCAUUUUAAAGAUGAAAUAAAGAGCAUUUUGGACAACAUUUACAACAUGCAAAUAUUCAAUACGAAUAUUUUGUAUACUACAGCACUUGGAUUCAGGCUCUUAAGACAGCAUGGAUAUGAUAUAUCUGCAGAUGUGUUUGAUUUCUUUCUCAAAGAAACAAACAAUUUCAACGAACAUCAAUCUUCACUUGGCAUUGAGGGAAUUUUGUCACUAUAUGAAGCCUCAUUUUAUUUAGUAGAAGAAGAAACUAUAUUAGAUGAUGCAAAAAAAUAUAGUUCAAAAAUUCUCAAAGAACAUGUAAAAAGAAAUGAUGAUGGUAGCUACACAUCCCUCUUAAUCAAUCAUUCAUUGGAGUAUCCAUUGCAUUGGAGGGUGCCAAGAUGGGAGGCUCUUUGGUUCAUCAACACAUAUGAAAAAAGUCUCAAUUUAAAUCCUACACUUCUUCAGUUUGCUAAAUUGGAUUUUAACAUCGUUCAAAGCAUUUACCAAGAAGAGUUGAAGGAUAUGUCAAGGUGGUGGAAAAGAACCAACUUAGCAGAGAAGUUAAGUUUUGCUAGAGAUAGGUUGGUGGAAAACUUCUUUUGGACCGUGGGAAUAAAUUUUAAUCCAGAAUUUGGUUCUUUUAGAAGAGCUGUAACAAAAGUCAAUUGCUUAGUAAAUACAAUAGAUGAUAUGUAUGAGAUCUUUGGCACUUUAGAAGAUUUAGAGCUAUUUACCAAAGCUAUUGAGAGAUGGGAUAUAAGUUUUGGUAUGGACAACCUUCCAUACCACAUGAAAAUGUGCUUCCUUGCACUCAAUAACUUUGUUAAUGAAGUAGCCUUCGAAAGUCUACAAAAUAAUGAAGUUUAUAUUGUUCCUUUCCUUAGAAAAUCGUGGGCAGAUUUAUGUAAGGCAUAUUUUGUUGAGGCAAAAUGGUACUAUAGUGGUUAUAUACCGACUUUUGAAGAGUACUUGGAGAAUGGUUGGAGAUCUAUAAGCUCACAUGUUCUUUUUCUUCAUGCUUAUUUCACACUUCCGAAUGCAUUAAAAAAGGAGCAAUUGGAUUCCUUAAAAGAAUAUCCCAACAUGAUUCGUCUUACGUCAUUGUUUUGCCGCCUUGUUAAUGACCUUGGUACAUAUAAGCGUGAGAAAGAGACUGGAGAUGCUCCUUCAUCAAUUGAAUGCUACAUGAACAAAAGUGGAGCUUCAGAGGCAGAGGCAUGUGAGCAUGUUAGAUCAAUUAUAAAUACACUCUGGAAGAACAUAAACAAAGAAGCUCAUCAUUCUUCUCUCUCUCAAGAUUUCAUAGACUCUAUUUUAGGCCUUACAAGAAUGGUAUUAGCCAUGUAUGAUCAUGGAGAUUACCAUACUUUUCAAGAUUCUGAAGCCAAGAGUGGUAUAUUGUCAUUAAUCAUUCGACCAAUUCCUCUUACAUGUUAAUGUCUUUUGUCUAUGAACUACUAAAAAAUAUAGCAAAUUAUUUACAAAUUUUUGCCUGCGAAUUAUUUUCACAUGAAUCUGCAAGUAAUUUUUCUGUCAGAGAAAAAUAUUAGUUGCUGAUUUUAAUGUGAACAAAAUUAUAAAUAAAAACAAAAUUCAAAGGUAAAAAUCAUAAUGUUUCUAUUGUUAAAUGUGUGUGUGUGUUUAACAUUAUUUGAAUAAGACAAGAUAUAAAGGAACAAAUAAAAGCACAUGAGAAUUAGAUGCAAGAAUGGUGGAUGAGAGCAAGUAAGAUUCUAUUUGAAGACUUGCUUCAUAAGGUGUUGUUGCUUUAUUUGUUUGUCUUUAUAAUCUUUUUGUAUUUUGCAUUUAGUUUUUUCAUCAUUUGUUGUAUUGUGGCUUGUGUUCUAUCAGUGUAUCUAUUGUAAUACCUGCUCUAUAAUAAAGAUGUAUGUUGCUAUUA